AUGCUUUGUUCUUUGAUUGAUUCGAAGCAAAUUGAUGUUGUUUUGGAUGUGUGUGGAGAAACGAGUAAUGGGUUGAGAGAAGAACAGUGUCGGCAUUUUGAUGUGUACAGUUUCGUGAUGCAUGGUCUUUUCAAGAAGGGUGAGGCUGAAAGGGGGUUAAAGUUUCAUCGAGCAAUGAUUGAGAGAGGGUUUGUGCCUAAUAUUAUUGCUUGUAAUAAGAUUAUGAAAAACCUUUGCAAUGGUGAUUGUACAGGAGUUGCUUUUGGUUUCUUUUCGUUGAUAUUAGAGGUAGGUCCAAAUCCGAGUCUGGUGACGUUUAGCACAUUGAUUAAUGCUUAUUGCAAUGAGGGAAGAUUGGAAGAGGCAUUUGAGCUCUAUAAUAUUAUGAUAGCAAGGGGUAUAACUCCUGAUUUAGUGCUUUAUAGUAUUCUUAUUGAUGGUCUUUUCAGGGCGGGGAAGUCGAUGGAGGGGCGUCAACUACUCUCCGUGGCGAUAAAUAGUGGCAUCAAGUUGGAUGUGGUGGUUUUCAGCUCCAUUUUGGAUGCAUGUGUGAAAAUGGGGGAUUGGGAAAGAGGGCUUGAAGUGUAUAACAGAAUGUUGAAGCAAGGGAUCAUACCUAACAUGGUUACAUAUGGUAUUCUGGUGAAUGGAUUGUGUCAAAAGGGCCAGCUUCCUGAAGCUUUUGGCAUCGUUGGUCAGAUGCUGAAACAGGGUGUUGAGCCCUCUGUUUUAACAUACAGCAGCCUGAUUGAUGGCUUGUGCAAGGCAGGAAAUUUGAGAGGCGGGUAUGGUUUAUACAAGGAUAUGGUAAAGAAGGGCUAUAUUCCUGAUGUUAUAAGUCACAGUGUGCUUAUAAAUGGUCUUACUACGCAUGGACAGAUGGGUGAUGCUCUUAGAUUAUUCUACCAGGCACUGAAGAGUGGUUUAAUUCCCAGUGUAUUUAUGUUUAACACAUUAAUUGAUGGUUGGUGUAGAUUGAAACGAAUAAAGGAUGCUGUGAAAUUUUACAUCCAAAUGGUUAUGUAUGGUAUGGUACCGGAUGUAGUUACGUACACUACGCUUAUUAGAGGUAUCAGUGACAAGGGGAAACCAUUCGAGGCAUUAGUUUUUUUUCUUUCAAAUGCUUAA